AUGGCUUUAGAAUUUGUCGGCAAUGUGGCCGUUUUGAGGUUCAAUCAUCCCGAGGUGAUGAAUGCAGUUGGUCAACAGAUGCUGGGCGAUUUUGCCGAAGCGGUUGAAGCCAUUAAAGACCCGGCAAACGGCGCGCGUUGUCUGCUUCUGACCGGAGAAGGUCGUGGUUUCUGUGCUGGCGCUAACCUGCAGGAUGAUGCAAAGCGCGAAGGCAAAGCUAAACCCGCCGGUUCUGCGCUGCGAAACUUCUAUCACCCGUUGAUGUUUGAACUGCGGAGUCUGGAAAUGCCGAUAGUGACCGCAGUCAAUGGCGCGGCGGCCGGUGUCGGUAUGAGUUUUGCUAUGUUGGGCGAUAUCGUCUGUGCGUCUAAAUCGGGUUUCUUUCUGCAGGCGUUUGCCCGUAUUGGUCUUAUUCCCGACGGUGGCUCGACGUUCAUGUUGCCGCGUCUGGUUGGAUGGGGACGGGCGAUGGAGCUGUCCAUGCUGGCCGAGCGCUUACCUGCCGAACAGGCGCAUGAAUGGGGUCUGGUAAAUCGCUUGUUUGAAGAUAACGAAGCCCUUAUGACCGGCGCGAUGGGCAUUGCCCAGAAGCUGGCGAAUGGGCCGCGUUCAUUGGUGUUGAUCCGCAAAGCCUACUGGCAGACCUGGCAGAAUUCUUUUGAACAACAGCUUGAGUUGGAAGCGCAGCUGCAGAAUGAAGCGGGUGCUUCAAGUGAUUUCGGUGAAGGGGGACGUGUGGCGCUGGUUACCGGUGGCAGUCGAGGCGUUGGCCGCGCUAUUUCUAUAUCGUUGGCAAAACAGGGGGCAACGGUUGCCGUCAAUUAUCGUCGCGAUGAGGAAUCAGCAGAACAAACCGUGGCUGAAAUUGUUGCGGCUGGAGGAACAGCCAGAGCUUACGCCGCUUCGGUGGAUGAUUUUGACCAGGAUGCCCAGAUGGUGGCGGCCAUCGAGGCGGACUUUGGUCCGAUAAGCAUUCUUAUAAAUAACGCGGGUAUCGCCAGCCGCGGGCAAUCUGUUGCAGAUACAGAUCCUGCGGAGUUACAGCGCGUGGUGGCUACGCAUGCUUUUGGUCCGCACUAUCUGGCGAAACUGGUACUGCCGGGUAUGCGUCAGCUGGAUCGUGGUGACAUUGUGAUGAUCAGCAGCGUCGCUACGCGCUCUCUGGGUAGCCAUGGUGCGCCCUACAAUAUGGGUAAAACCGCGAUGGAAGCGCUGGCUUACACGUUAGCCAAAGAAGAGCGGCGUUAUGGUAUCCGGGUCAACAUCGUAGCCCCAGGUUUGGUAGAAACCGAUAUGGGCAAACGACUGAUCAAAGCCACCCAGGGUGUACAGGAUAUCCGCACACUGGAUGACAGCAUGCCGUUUGGUCGGGUUUGUCAGCCCCAGGACGUGGCCAACGUUGUCGACUUUCUGGUUUCACCCCAGAACAGCUAUCUGACGGGCGAACGCUUGUACUGUGAUGGUGGUGGUCCAGUGCCAACACGGGCAAUGGAUUAA